ACAACUGUGUCAGAUAACACCGUCUUAAACGAUAUUUGACUAUUGAUACAUGACCUAUAUGUACCCGUGGAAUCUAUAUCGGAAUCAUGUGAUAUAUCAUAGGGUUUGAUUGUCCUCAAACAAUAUUUUCUUCAAGCAAGAUGCGAAUUACUUCAUAUUUAGUUUUGGCUGCCUGUUUUGUCGUAGUUUUUGGUUAUAGAGAGGAAAUUAAGCAAUGUAGAUAUACAGAUGCUUCGGGAAAGACGUAUAAUUUGACUCCUUUAGUGAAUGUAAAGCCGUUCAUAAGGAUGCAGACAUUGUACGUGAUUGGCAAUAACAAAUGGGACAACUUAGCAGCUGACAGCACUAUGAACGUCACAAUUCAGUUGUCUGUUUGUCGUAAUGAAAAACCAAUGAUAAGCAACAACUGCAGCACCAAUGGAUCUAUAUAUACUAUGGACCCCACAAAUGGUUGCAUUACUUGGGGAGACGCUGAAGUGGCAGCUUUCGAUCAAGCACCAUAUAAAGAUGGAGUAUUUUUACAAAUGUUCCAUGGCAGUGUGAUCGACCACCCGACAAAGUAUUCUUCAAAUGUCUACUUCAUUUGUAAUCCAAAAGUCGAUGUUCCCAAACCUAUCAUGGAGCAUGUAAAAGCCGACACGAACCAGGGCCACUUCCGGGUGGAGACGAAAUAUGCUUGUUAAAAUACUUUCAAAAUUUCAAUUUUAAAGAAUGAACAGGGACAAAUACAAAUGAAUGUCAUUUCAGUGUUAAACCUUUAAAUGUACAACUUGUAAAUUAUGCUAUUUAUCUUUGAUGUUAUUAUUAAUACUGUAAAUAUGACAUUAAAUUAUUUGCU